AUGUCAACCGAAACCAAGAUUUAUGCUACCCCCGUUACACCCCCCCUUCACCUGGACUCAACCACGUCAAUCCCCGACUUCAGCCUAACGGGCAAGGUAUCCCUAGUCACAGGUGCGGGUCGAGGUCUAGGCCUCGCCCUGACCGAAGCUCUCCUAGAAGCGGGGGCCAAAGUAUACGCGCUAGAUGAUCUGAAAGAGCCGUCAGCGGAAUUCAGAAAAGUCCAGCAACGCGCCACAGCAUGGCGCACCGAGCUGCAGUACCGCCGUGUCGACGUGCGGGACACAGCCCUGCUGCAUACCGCGAUCGAGGACAUAGCCAAUCACGAGGGUCGCAUCGAUGGUCUAAUCGCCGCAGCCGCAAUCCAGCAGGAGACGUCUGCCCUGGAGCACUCUACCGAAGAUACCAAUGCUCUGCUCGAGGUUAAUGUGACGGGUGUGUUCAUGACGGCUCAGGCCGUGGCGAGGCAGAUGAUUCGGUUCGGGAAUGGAGGUAGUAUCGCUCUAGUCGCCAGUAUGAGCGGGACUGUUGUGAACAGGGGUCUACUCUGCCCCGUCUAUAAUGCAAGCAAAGCAGCCGUCAUCCAACUAGCCCGCAGCCUCGCUGCAGAAUGGGGCCAGCAUAACAUUCGCGUCAACACCCUCUCCCCCGGCUACAUUCUCACCUCUAUGUUGGAGAUGUUGUUCGUCGAGUAUCCCGAUCGUCGUGAGCAAUUCGCUAAAGAGAAUAUGCUAGCCCGUCUAUCCCGUCCGCGGGAGUAUCGUGGUGCGGCUGUCUUUUUGCUUUCUAAUGCUAGUGCUUUCAUGACUGGGAGUGAUCUCCGCAUUGACGGUGGUCAUGCUGCGUGGUGA